UUGAAAUCGGAGUAAAAACAUGCAAAAUAUGCGUAUGAACAUAUUUUACUACGCGGUCCAUAAGUGCAAAAUUGGCCGUGGCGGCGCUAGUCUUCAUAAGGUAAAUGAGGAAUUAGAAGGACGAUGCCCUAUACAUUAUGCAGCUGACUUCGGUCAGCUCAAAGUGUUGCAAUAUCUUAUUAAUAUAGGAGCCGAUGUUAAUAAGCGAGUUAAACAUGGGAUUACACCGUUAUUAGGAGCAGUUUGGGAAGGACAUACUAGUUGUGUAAAAUUGCUUCUGGAAAAGGGUGCAAACAAACACGGCUAUACUCCUGACGGACAGAGUUAUAUAAGUGCAGCAAAAAACGAUGAAAUAAAAACAUUACUUUCUUGA